AUGCCGCAAGAGGACUUCUCCACGGAGCUGCUGCAGCUCUACUAUGAUCGACUCUUCCCGUAUCAGCAGAUGGCUCAGUGGCUGAGCUACGACGGAGGGGAGGAAUUUCUGUUCCGUCGUGAGCUAUCGUACACUCUCGAGAACGACACGUACAUCCGCUACAAGGCCUUCCACAAUGCGGAGGAGCUCAAAACGAGCAUGUGCAAGACGAUGCCUUUCAAAAUCGAUAUCGGCGCUGUCUUCUCCGUGUCACCCGCUGACAAGGGCAAGGUCAGCGCUGUAGACUUCACACCGGAGCAGCGCGAACUCGUAUUCGAUAUCGAUCUUACAGAUUACGAUGACAUCCGAACGUGUUGCGAAGGAGCCGCCAUUUGUAAUCGCUGCUGGCAAUUUAUGAUCGCGGCUGUGAAGGUUCUAAAUGCCGCAUUGCGCGAGGACUUUGGCUUCGAGAACCUACUCUGGGUGUACUCUGGACGUCGUGGUAUCCAUUGCUGGAUCGCGGACGAGAGUGCUCGAGGGCUGGAGAAUGAGGCUCGAUCGGCAGUAGUCGGAUACCUGUCACUAGUGGAGGGCAAUGAGAACUCAGCGAGGAAAGUCAAGCUACGUGAGCCUUUGCAUCCGUCGCUUGACCGCGCGUACCGCCAGCUGGAGCCGCUGUUUGAAGACAUGAUUCUGUCGGACAAAGGUCAGGGAAUUAUGAGCUCGGAAAAGCAGUGGAACAAGCUGCUAGCUAUGGUGCCGGACGAGGACAUUCGAGCGAACAUGACGCGUCGUUGGAGCGCCACUAACCGCAGCACUGGUCCGGCUGAGAAAUGGCGUGAACUGCGAGACGCCGUGGAGAAGCAGGUGUUGAAGAAUGCCAAUUCUGCACGCAGUGGCAGUAACGUCAAGCGCUCUGCACCUAACAGUGACGCUAGCAAGCGCUUCCUGGCGGCCGAGCUGCGUACGUGUCUGCAGGAGAUCGUGCUGGCGUACCUGUACCCACGACUAGAUGCCAACGUGUCCAAGCAGCGGAAUCACUUGCUCAAGAGUCCGUUCGCUGUGCACCCCAAGACCGGCCGCGUCUGUGUUCCCAUCGAUGUUUCCUCCAUGGAGAGCUUCGAUCCCUUCAAGGUGCCCACUCUGGGCCAGCUGCACGAGGAGCUCGACUCGGACAAGUCGGCUACCAGUAUGAAGAAGUACGUGGAUUUCUUCGAGUCGUCGUUCCUGAAGCCGUUAGCCGCAGUUGCCAAGCGAAAAGAACGCGACGCCCGUGAGAGCGACGCUGCUAUGACUGGAGACUGGUAA